GGAAAAAUAAUUUUCCAUCCGUCAGUCAGUCAGUAUGUGCGAUCGUCGUAUUCGUAUUCGGUCGAAUUGGUGCACACAUCAUCAUCUUCAAUCGUUUGUUCGGUUCGGGCUGCUACAACACGACAGUAGUGGACUGAUAUUUGUAUGUUUAUUCCUAUUUUUUCCGUAGAAAAAGUGCGUGCCUCGGAUCAAAAUUGUUGCCAAAGUACGAACGAAAUCCUGUGCGAAGUGAGUGAUAUCUGGAGUGCUGCGAAAUGCUACCGGAAAAAGGGAAAAUUGGACGAUGAAUUCGUGAAAAUUUCAGAACAGUUUUUUUUUUCCUUCUGCAUUCACACACAUCACAAGCAGAAGGCCAACGCAUUCGAACACAAAGAAGGUGCACACGUGAAGAAGAACAAGAAGCAGAUUGAGUAUUUUGAUCGAAAAAACACGGUACUGGCUUGGACAGUGGAUUGCCUUAUUUUAUUAUUUGUUGUGGUAACAACAGCUGCAGCAUAAAUAGGCACUGCACUGAAUAGUACCUAGUCGGGUCUGAGGAAAACAUCGCAAGUGCAGCGGACGGAAGUAGAAGGUGGUCAGCGUAGUACACAGUCUAUCGGAUUCUCUGCUUGGGACACGUGAAUUAAUCGAAAUUUCAUCUACAUCAAAAGAUGCCCCUUAACAUCUACAAAAACUUUGUCGAAUAUACUGUAGCAUUCAAAUGGCAUUUUUAUACUCAAAAGGCUGACGAUCACGUUUUUCGCGUUUUAAACCACUGUGCAGCGCUCUGGCUGAUACCUAACACAGAUGUUUCUAUGGGCCAAAGAUGUCGUUUUAUGCUAACGUAUGAAUUAGAAAAAAAAAGACAUUUCGGAUGGUGGUAAAAAAAUAACUAAGACAGCUUGUUUCGAUCCGGAUUCAGCAUGGAUACCGCCACAGGAUCCGGUCUGAUGGAGGAGUACGAUCUGAUGAAACAGUCCAAGUACCGGGUGUACAUGUCGAACAUUGACAAAGCACUGAAGAACUUCGAGUACUCGAGCGAAUGGGCCGAUCUGAUUUCGGCGCUUGGCAAACUGAAUAAAGUUAUCUCAUCAAACUCACAGUACCAGAUUAUACCAAGGCGAAUCAAAAUUUCCAAACGUCUAGCGCAAUGUAUGCAUCCGGCACUGCCCUCGGGAGUGCAUUUGAAGGCACUGGAAUCGUACGAUGUCAUAUUCAGCAACAUCGGAGUAGAUCGACUGGCAUCGGAACUGUUCAUCUACAGUGCCGGUUUGUUUCCGCUGCUGGGUUACUCCGCCAUGAAUGUUCGUCCCACGUUACUCUCGAUCUACGAGAAAUAUUUUGUUCCUUUAGGCGAAAAGCUACGGCCGGCGUUGAGUGGCUUUCUCAGUGGAGUUUUUCCCGGCUUGGAAUCGGGUCAGGAUCACUUCGAACGUACGAGUUUCUUGCUGGAUAAGGUUUGUGCAGCUGUCAAACCAGAAUGUUUUUACACUUGCCUGUGGGAGUGCAUUGUAACAAACGCCUCCGUACGGUUGCCCGCAAUAUCCUACGUGCUGGAGCAUUUCGACAAGAAACGAUCAUGCGUCGACCAGAAAGAACUGAUGGGCAGUAGUGUUGAACUGCUGGUUACUGGUUUGUGCAGUUGUUUGAACGAUUCCGUUAUUCUAGUGCAGCGAAACACGCUAGAGUUUCUGCUACUGGCAUUCCCUCUGCACGCUAUCAUACUGUGCCAGAGGGACGUCAUCAAACUAGUUAAAACCGCUUUGAACACAAUCCUAAGACGAGAUAUGUCGCUAAACCGGCGACUGUAUUCCUGGCUCCUGGGUGCAGACACAAGUCUGGGCAAACAUCUUGAAGACAUCGGGCAUGACGGAGAAACGUCCGAUCCAAACACGUAUUUCGAGACUCACUCAAAAGAGGUGCUGAUAAGUGCUUUCACAUUGGUUCUCAAAGCCAGUAUUGCCUCCAAUCCCAUAGACCUUAGUCCCUAUCGGAUACUAAUCUCCCUCCUGGAUAAGGCGGAAAUCGGCCAGCGAAUACUAGACGAUGUCCUGUGUGACAUAAUUCGAACCAUAUCACUGUGCAAUGGCAACCUGGAGGUACAGAAAUCGGCCAAUCUACUGUUUUCCACCUUCGACCCGUCCUACAUAUGGAAUUACAUGACCACCCUCUAUCGGGACGGUGCCAUCAAGAAGCAGCAGCAAAAGCGACCAUCCAGCGCUGGCAAUCUCAGCAGUAUCAAUACCAGAGAACAGAUCCGAAUAGACUCCGGCCCCCCGGGCACCAUUGAGGUUUGCUAUCUAACCGAGUUUCUGCUGGAGACACUGUCACUGGAGAUGUACAAUGAAACAACCCGGGUUUAUCUGCCGAAAUUUCUACUCUCACUAAUACGAAUGCUGACGGUUUAUUCGGAAAACAUGAACUCAACCGAGGUAGCGGCGUCGCUUAAGCUGUGCGUUAAAAUUGUCGCCAAAGUGCAGCCCAUGAUAAUGUCCGAGAAGGUCCUAGACCUGUCGAUCAGCACCCGCAGCGACAGCGUCACUCCGGAGGGCCAGGAAGCUAAGGAAACCGUUUCGCUGGAGAAGAGCAAUUCCGAUUCGAAAAUUCACGAAAGCUCACUGCAGGUAACGUCCCCGGAUAGUUCCCUCAUUAGAUCCAGCUCUAGUCAGGGUCUCAUCAAGAAGGGAAAACAUAGUAAAAAGUCUAAGAAGUCCAAAUCGUGCACAAAGCUAACCGAACUGGAUCCGACGGUAACAACCAGCAAGGGAAGUCCGAAGAGAGCAGCGACGGUCAAGAAUGGGAAACGAAGUGCAACGAUUGUGGCUGCUAGUUCGACACCGAAUUUGAAAAAUGAGGACACCGGUGGGACGACGAAUGGCGGGGAGUCAAGCCAGGAGGAACGGCACAGUAUGAGCAGUGCCGGAGAGGACGGUCAGUUGGAUAUUGUGCUGAAAGUUCCCGUGCAAACUUCACCGAUCGUACCGACACCGGCACAAAUGCCGGAUUGUCCUAUUCUGGAGAAGUGUAUUAAACAGUAUGUGCUGUUUUAUGAGUUGUACGUCUGUCGGCAGAUUUUCGACGGAUCGUUCGCGUCUUCGGACUCUAAUUCGGGUUCGUCUUCGGAGCAAGUCAGCCUGCAGGAAAGUUUGUUUUUCAACUGUGGCGAUGGCAAGAGUUUGCUGACUGAGGAUGUGUUUGUUAUAAACUCUUUGCUGUCGGAGCUAGAGGAAGCGUUCGCUGCGCUGCUAAUUAGUAGUGUUUCGGAUAGUAAGAAACUGAAGGCAAUUUUGGCGAAAUCGAUAGACACUCGAAGGGAGUCCGGGGAUUGUGAGCAGUGGAAUAAUGGGGGAGAGGCUGGAGUGCCGGAGCGUGAUGGUUUCGAAAUGGACGGUCUGCUGGAGGGGAACGAGAAGCUGAAGCGGCUGCUUUCGGUGCGCGUAUCGGAGUCACUGCGAAGUGCGUUGAAAUUGGCGUGCAAUGUUUUGACGGAGAUGUCGUCUUUUCCUAGCUAUGGUAGUGAUUGUGGUUUGACGGAACGAUGUCAUGAUAUUCCGGGCUGGUUGAAGGCUUUGACUAUUUUGGCGUCGUUUGUAGGUGAUCUGGAUACGCAGCUCUCUGCAGCGCAAACUCUUAUCGACAUGGUUAGUUUACUACGAACGAAUGGUCGGAAGCCAAAGUCAAACAAUUCCGGGACUACUUUCGUAAUGAUGAUGCCUUUGCUGAAGCUAUCGCACGUGGUCUUUCUCGAAAGAAAAACGAAAGUGUUCCAGGUGUUAACGACUAUGCUAUGGAACCACCUGGACGCGAAUCGCUCGGUGGCUAGAAAUAUUAGCGUAUUGCUCUAUCGCAUCCACAGCUGUUUGGAUACUAAAUUUACCGAAAAUGUCAUCGUCAGUCGGAUACUGGUUCCGCAACGUGAACAAACCGUUCCGGACGCUCGUAAUCUACACGUGUAUUGGUCCAUUCCGGCUCUCUCCAACACCGAACUUAAGAUUGAUCCCGCAGGAUUUCGUCGGUUUCAGCUGCUGUGGAAGCUAGGUCGUGACACGCAUCAUGGGAAAGAAUUUGAAAAGCUACUGUUUCUGGUGCUCGAUAUGCUAACGCUACCAGACAAUCUGUCGAUUCAGAUUUUUGUCUCCAAGUGGCUCCAGGAAGCGUUGGUUCGUGGUGAUGUGGGACGCAUUUUGAAACCUCUGUUGAAAAUUCUACUGAACGAAAGCACCAAACGGAUGAGCAUCGUUUAUACCAAACGCUACAGGCAGGAUCCGGAUACGGGCAGUGAGUGGGAAAAAGAUUUGACAGCGGACGGGGAUCCCUUCCUGGAUAAGGAAUGCUUUGCCGUUAGUUCGGAAGAUGGUUGUAUUCGAUAUCAUAUGGAUAAUGUAUUGAGUAAGAAAAGAAGUCCCAUUCGGACGAUCCAGAAGAAGAUCUUUGGAGUCUCGAUAGGUUCUAACAAGUCCAACAGCCAGCAGGUAUCGAACUAUAUAACUAAUGAUAGUGCAAAAGAGGUGGCAGCCGGUACUGGAACGGCGGUGGAAGCGGAUGACUAUUCGAAAAUGUCGGUGAUAAUAAAUCCACUGGAGAAAGAGUUAAAUGUAAAAAAUUCGCCAGGUGGAAUGCGGAAUCGUUCGAACUCGACUAGUUUGAUAGACUGCGAGCAAAGUGGAUCAGCGCUGGAAUCGUCACUACCGAAUGGGUUCGAUAAGAAAGAAUUCCACCGGUCCACUUCGGAUAUCGACGAAGCCAGCGAUGGAGAUUUCGAGCGAAAGAAGGGACGACUGAGUGGUGGAAGCUACAGUCGAUCAACGACAGCGACGGAUUUUUACGACACGGAAACUAUUAAACGGUACACCGAAGAUGGUCCGAUCGUUGAUUUCGUUAGCAAAUCUGGCGAUCGGUUUAAGAACCGAAAAACCUAUUUAAUUUCAUCUACAGCUGGUGGAAUGGGAGAUGAUGAAGGUUUCGGUUCUUCAAUGUCGGAUAGGAAUCUCAAUUAUUCGCUGAUAUCGAGCUCCUCGGCAGCGACUGUGACCGGAAAUGAUGCUGGCAUCAUAUUCGGGGUUGGUGCUGGUGAUGAACCAGAGCUGACUGGUGCCUCCGAAACUCCGUCAAGUGGAAGCGCCUUCGGAGGUGGAUCGCAACGAAGCAGUAGCACCAGUAAAGACAGUGGGAAGAGCAAAGAAAAUGAAGCGUUCAACUUUGGGCGAAGGAAGAGCUGGAGAGGCUCCUCGAAGCUACAUCCGUUUCAUUCCCAUUUUUUAAUCUACGAGUCGGUUUUUAAUACCAAACAGAUACUGUACACACUAGAAACGCUGAAGAAUAUUCUCACCAACGAUAGUCGAUUCUUUUUAUGCCUUUCGGUGACUACUUCCGUUUCCAGCAGUCAAAUUCGAUCCCUACUGAUUCGCCAUCGAAGGAAUAUCUUCGGUAAGGCUUUCUCCGAUGGGCAAGACGAAUCCGAGUAUCAAAGUCUGUACCGAGGUUGCAUGUACUUGGAGGUCAUUGUUACGAUUCUGCUAUAUUACACCCGCAGUUUCUAUCAGAAGGAUGAUGAACAGAAGCCACAACCCUCCAGAGACGACAUAAAUGGUAACUCCAAGAUUCAACUGGAGUGUAUAAAAUUGAUGACCAGAAUCUUCUCGGAGCUGCUGUCUACCGUGAAAGACGUCGGUAAAAAUCUUGCCAACUACAUUGCCGAUCUGAUGGAGAAGUGUAAAGUGCAGAAAAUCCUGCUCUACUGUCUAACCUCUUCGGUCAACUAUUUCACGACGCACCAAUCCUACACGUACACGGAUGAAAUCCUCGCAUUCAGCGAUCCGGAAAACACCCGCCUCAACGCGGAGGCCUAUCAGAUUGAACUGCUACAUCUGCUGCUUGCUGUAAUAAAACUCGAGCACGAAAUCAUGAUUCAACGGAAUGACGAACGCUUCAAUGAAGGCAUCAAAAAUGUUCUCUCCAGCAACUCUCCAACCCGACCAGCACCGGAAAACAAACGCAUCUACAAGUACAUUCCCAACCAAUUGGUAAGCCAACAGCCAAUGUUCCUUUCGGCGGUUCUGUCUGCCCUACAGUCGGAGAGGCUAAAGCACAUCCACAAAAACUGGACCGAUAUGAUCACCUCCUGUCUGACGUGCCUUCCGCUAAACAAUCUCACCAACAUAGUGAUCAGCAUAAUCCACCAGCUGUGCGGCAAUCUGGACCGCUUGACGAAGCGAGACCGAAUCUACAACCAGUGCACGGACUACAUUGUCGCCCAGCUGGAAGCCAUCACAGUAUUAUCGCACUACUGUCUGCUAGACAGCUCCCAGCAAAUCUCACUAGCGAACGUUUUCAGCGCAUCCAACAAUACAGCAUCGCAGGCGACCAAUUCCGGUCAAAUCAUCAACAGCAUAGUGAACGUGUUUCGUGCUCCGUCCCUACUAAGCGGAAGCCAGGUGAAAAACAGCCACCAAGAGGUAGCGAAAACGGCAAUUCUAAGCCACCUUCCACGAAUUAUCAUCACCAUCGCGACUCUCUGGGAAACGAGCAUCAGCGAAUUUCGCCACGUCAAGCACCAGUUGUUGGAAUUUCUCAGUCCCAUUUCGCUACACUAUGGCACCAAUUUCCUGACCGCCAUUUCGGUUGCCUGGUACGAACGAAGCAGCGACUCUCCAACGUUAUCUGCUUCUAGCAACAACACACCCACAGCAAGCAGCAACUCGGAAACAGCUGCCGAAGGCUCGAGCGAAGGCGACUUCUUCGAUAUCAUGGCGAAAGCCUUACCGCAGGCGUGCGACAAUCAACUGCUACUAGUGAAACUCAUCUCGGGAAUCCGGAUCAUGUCGGGUGACUCGUUCAUUCAAACCAUGCAUCAGGUGAUCAAAUCGCCACCACAGAUCUACCAACCUCCGGUAGGUUUCAACCUUGCCGUUAGUGCGCUCGAGCUACUCUUCUUCUACCUGAAGAGCGUUGCCCAAACUCAGUUCAGCGACUGUUGGAGCUCGCUGUAUGCCCUGCUGAAAGACUGCCUGAGCCUGCAAAUUCCGGCCCAAUUUGUGGCGCUGUCCAUUCUGAACGAGUUCGUUCAGCGCUGUCCGAACAUUCCGUUCGGAGACAAAAAAGACCUGCGCGAUUUGCACGACGUUACCUCGCGCCUGGUGGAAGCCAUCUCCAACGUGGCAGGAUCGUGCCUGGAGCAGACCACCUGGCUGCGGCGGAAUCUAUCCGUGAAGGAGGAGUUCAGCUCGAUCGAGAGCACCAAGGACGGACUGCUGAUGCCGUCCAAUCAGCACUACUCCAUACAGGCGCAAUCGAUUCUGGCUGCCAUUCUGGCAAUGUUGCUGGACGUGGCGUUCAGUUCGCAGGAAAAGGACAAGGUGAACACGAUCGUAACCGGCGUCAUGUACAACAUUGUGCCUUAUCUGAAAACUCACACCGUGAAAAAUAUUCCGACAUUUCACGCGUGCUCCAACUUGCUGGCAAGUUUAAGCACGUAUCAGUAUACUCGUAAGGCGUGGCGCAAGGAUGCUCUCGAUCUUCUGCUGGACGCGUCCUUCUUCCAAUUUGACAGCCGAUGCUUGCCGUACUGGAAAACUAUUCUCGAUAGUUUGAUGACCUGUGAUAAUACCACUUUUAGAGAUCUUAUGAAUCGCUUGCCACUAGCACAAACUGGAAGUUUAAAUAUUUUCACCUCCAAAGAGCAGGAAUACGAGCAGAGGGCAUUGCUGCUGAAGCGUCUAGCUUUCGUUAUCUUUUGCAGCGAAUCCGACCAGUAUCAUAAAUUUAUGCCGGAGAUUCAAGAACAACUGGCAAAUAGCUUACGAUUACCCCAGGUUGUGCCACUGAUUCAAUCGGCUGUAUUCCUAUGUUUUCGGGUACUUUUGCUGCGAAUGUCGGCCGAUAAUGUGACCAGUUUAUGGCCAAUCAUAAUUGCCGAAAUGGUGCAAGUGUUCCUUUCCAUCGAGCAGGAACUGAUGACCGACACCGAGGAGUUUAGGUCACAAUCGAGCCAGCACAUACGAAUGCUUUCGGGACUGGAUACCGCGUGGGUAACGAACACCAACAACGGACUGUACUCCUACGGUCAUCCCCACUGGCGAAUGGUUCAACUGGAGACGGCCAAACUGCUGGAGUUGGGUUGCGUCCUACCUGCCACUGUAUUGCCACACUUUCAAAUGUACCGCUGGGCGUUUGUGAGUAGCCAAAACGAGAUGUUCCUUACGCCAGGAAGUUACGACGAUGCUCGCAGCGUGGCUUUCAUUCCCCAUGUAACCCGAAUAUCGCAACUGAUGGACUUUCGCUACACCUCACACUCACCGAAACCGCAAACAAACAAGGGCAGCCACAUUAUGCUGACCUGUCAGUCCAUUAACACACUGCAGGAUUUGUACAGCUUCUUCUCGACGCUGUCGAUGCGGUGGCCAUCGCACAUUUCCUACACCGCCGACACCGAGAAGGACACCAGGAGCUGCCUGGAGGAGAUCGAGAAGGUGCUGGCGUUGGAUUUCCUCGAGAAGAUGCCCGCUACCAAGUAGGCCUGCUGCUGUAAAUACUAUAGAUACAUUAUUUCCAGAAACGGACAUUUAAUUCGGCUUGUGAUUAUUGUUAAUACGUGUUGAUUCUACUUUUCGAUAUCGCUCUAAUUGUGUAUAGGAAUAAUUUAUCAACUGGAAAUCAUUUUUUGUGGAGUUCAGUUGAACCGCAGUAUCUCACGAAAUUGUAAGAAAAUAAACUAAUCGUGCUACGAGAAAAUGCAAUUCUCUUCCAAAGUGAAACUGCAGAGGUGAUAAGAAACGGCACACAUCAUGACCUUAUAGGAAGGCAUUAGGAUCAGUGCGGCAGAUGCCAAACAGAGAAAGUUUUUUGACAAAAAAAAAAGUCUAAACAGUCUAAGAGUGCAUAUAUUAUUUAUAACUUAACGAAAAACCAGAAUCUAGUGAAUGUGAAAAUUAAGAAUUUUUUUAUCUGCUAAUAAAGAAAAGUUACAUAGUUGUUUUAAAAAUUGAA